CAGUUAUUGAUAUAAAAGGGUGAGUAUGGAAGUCAUACUUCUCCUCCAAAAGAAUCUGCGGUUGGCUUCAGCCCAGAAAUCAGUUUUACAGCGGCCAAACAUGGCCUACAAGAUUUUCUCGGUGCUUUUUAUACUAUUCCUACUGCUAUCGUUUUCUCUACUCUUGCCUCCAUCUUCACCAACAAACACUCACUUAAUGGUGCAGAAGAUCAAUGAAGUGAUACGUAGGAAUUUAAUCGGAGCAAAACCACCUCCAAAUGAUCAUCAUCCAGGUGGAGGGCAGAAUGGUGUUAAUAAUGGUUGUUGUUAUUAUUAUUUUGGUGUCAUGGGUUGAUUAGGAUUGAAUCCAAUAUUUUCUACUUAUAAUAUAAUAUUAUUAAGAUGUUGUUGGUGUAAAUACUUGUUAGUAGAUCCCAUAACUUGUGUAUUUGUAUUGUUUUCCAUAUUGCAAUCCUGCUUAAAACAUUAUAUAUUUUAGAUAAUUUCAGUACGUUAUUAUUUUAUGUAA